AUGCCAGAGGAUGAAAUUACCAUCAUCACGAUGGACGACAUGGCCGUCGUGUUUUCGGAAACCGACGCCUUCGGUAUCCACCGAGAAUCGGUCAGCGUCGAAUUGUCCCGUGAAGACCCCGGCAGCGUUCAGGUCAAUAGUCGUGGCGUCGUGGAAAUUACGCUGCCGGCCAGCACCGAGGUGCAAGCCUUCACCGAUGAGAUACGGGCCCAACUGGUAGCCCUUGGCUACCAGUACGAUCCCACCCGCACGGCCUUCGAAGCAGAAGGCGAUGCCGGCGACGAACCGGAAGGCGACGACUGGCUAGCGUAA